AUGAGUUGGAUGUUCCUCAGGGACCUUCUAACUGGAGUAAACAAAUACUCAACCGGGAUUGGGCGGAUUUGGCUCACUGUUGUGUUCAUCUUCCGUUUGCUGGUCUACAUGGUGGCAGCAGAGCAUGUGUGGAAAAAUGAGCAGAAAGAGUUUGAGUGCAACGUUAAACAGCCUGGUUGUGAAAAUGUGUGUUUUGAUCACUUCUUCCCCAUCUCCCAGGUCAGACUUUGGGCCUUACAACUGGUCAUGGUCUCCACGCCUUCACUUCUGGUGGUUCUACAUGUAGCCUAUCGUGAGGGUAGAGAGAAAAGGCACAGAAAGAAACUCUAUGUCAGCCCAGGUAUGAUGGAUGGGGGCCUGUGGUACACUUACCUUAUCAGCCUUAUUGUUAAAACUGGUUUUGAAAUUGGCUUCCUGGCUUUAUUUUACAAACUAUAUGACGGCUUUAGUGUUCCCUACCUUAUGAAGUGUGAUUUGAAGCCUUGUCCCAACACUGUGGACUGCUUCAUAUCCAAACCCACCGAGAAAACGAUCUUCAUACUCUUCUUGGUUAUUACCUCAUGCCUGUGCAUUAUGUUGAAUUUCAUUGAACUGAGCUUUUUGGUUCUCAAGUGCCUUAUUAAGUGCUGUCUCCAAAAAUACUCUAAAAGACUCAAGUCCUCAGCAUGUGAGUGCCACAACCUCAGAUAUGUUGAAUGUGGUGAGAUAGGGGCUCCUCCCUUACUCCAGAAUCGCCAUUCAGAUUUGGCCAUGAGCUCACCCCAGCGAGGUGAAACAAAGCUGCUUUUUGAUGCACAAGAGGGUUAG